GCAGCCUCGGUGGUUUGUUUUAGACAAUGGGAUAUUGUCAUACUAUGAUUCACAGGAUGAUGUUUGCAAAGGCAGCAAAGGAAGUAUAAAGAUGGCUGUGUGUGAAAUAAAAGUUCAUGCAACAGACAAUACGAGAAUGGAGCUAAUCAUCCCAGGGGAGCAGCAUUUCUAUAUGAAAGCAGUUAAUGCAGCUGAAAGGCAAAGGUGGCUGGUAGCACUGGGGAGUGCGAAAGCCUGUUUAGCAGAUACCAGAACAAAAAAAGAAAAAGAAAUAAGUGAGACCAGUGAAUCUCUUAAAACCAAAAUGUCUGAACUUCGUCUCUACUGUGAUCUUCUGAUGCAGCAAGUUCAUACAAUACAAGAGUUUGUUCAUCAUGAUGAGACUCGCUCUCCUCCCAGCAUUGAGAACAUGAACGAAGCCUCCUCCUUGCUUAGUGCCACAUGUAAUACAUUUAUCUCAACACUUGAAGAAUGUGUGAAGAUCGCUAAUGCCAAGUUUAAGCCAGAAAUGUUCCAGCUGCCUCAGCCUGAUCCCUUAGUUUCUCCUGUGUCGCCAUCACCUGUCCAAAUGAUGAAGCGUUCCAUUAGCCACCCUGGUCCUUGCUAUUCAGAACGGAUUAAUCACCCUGUAAAAGAACCAGGUUCAUCCCUUCACCGAUUUUCACAGCGGCGCCGAAGAACAUAUUCAGAUACAGAAUCUUACAGUGAUACUCCCUCUGAAGAUUCCCAGAAAUCUGCUCACUGUUCUAGAAGUGCUGUCAAUGGAGAUGUGGUAUCAUCAACCAUUCCUGAAGAAAAUAAAUCCUUGUCAAAGGAAAGAUCUGAUCUGGAAGAGACUCUUUCAUCCUUUUCUUCCUGAAGCAACUGAAAGUAUUCAAUUUUCUAUAAAUAAUGCUAUGCAAAAGCUGCUGUAUUAUACUGUUGUUAUAGGAAGUAGUCAUUUCCCUUUUUGGAAGGAUUUCUCUGCACUUUAUAGAAUAACAUAAAAACUAUCUUUGAAGUGUAUUUUAUCUUUAUAUAGUUUAUUUGCAAGAGUAUUUUCCUAAUAUUUCACAGUUUGAAUGUGCGUUUUUUUGGAACAAACGAUGGCUUUAACAGAUAAACAUCCACAUUUGUAAAUGUAGCUCUUUUUAAAAAGUGUAAGGUCUGACUGAUUUGUUAGUAAACAUUCAUUAUAAACUUCAGCAAAAAGUUUUCAUUU